CCCGGCCCUGGGGAUGAGCUGGACCUGUCCCCCCCACAUGUCCUGCCCCCCCCAGCACUGAUGUCACCCCACCUCCCGCCCCCGCAGCGCCAGGCACCGGCUCCCCCCCCUUCAAGGCCGAGCCGCGACUCUCCCCCUGGCACCGGGGGGGUGGUGACGUCUCAUCCGCACCAGCCCUUUGCCCGGCUUAUCGCAGAGCAAACAGCCCGGGCCAGGGAGACGCGGCUGGGAAUCCUCCGGCUCCGGGCAGCGGCCCCCGCAAAUCCUCCGGCUCCGGGCAUCACGUUCCCCAAAUCCUCCGGCUCCGGGCAGCAGCCUCCCCAAAUCCUCCGGCUCCGGGCAGCGGCCCCCCCAAAUCCUCCAGCUCCAGGCAUCAGGUUCCCCAAAUCCUCCGGCUCCGGGCAGCGGCCUCCCCAAAUCCUCCCGCUCCGGGCAGCGGCCCCCCCAAAUCCUCCAGCUCCAGGCAUCAGGUUCCCCAAAUCCUCCAGCUCUGGGCAGCAGCCCCCACAAAUCCUCUGGCUCCAGGCAUCAGAUGCCCCAAAUCCUCUGGCUCUGAGCGUCGUUCCCCCAAGUCCUCCAGCUCCGGGCAGCAGCUGGCCCGAUCUCCCCCUGGCUCCGGGCAGAGACGUCCCACCCCUCCCCGAGCCAUGUGCACGGGGCGCUGUGCGCGGCUGGUGGGGCUGGCGCUGGUGCCCAUGGCGCUGGGGUGCAUCGUGGCCAACGUCCUGCUGAUGUUCCCUAACGGGGAGACGGGCUGGACCGAGCACCUCGCCCUGCAGGUCUGGCUGAUGGGCGGCCUGGCCGGCGGGGGGCUCAUGGGGAGUGGGGUUCUCUGCCCCGGGCUCUCGGCCAUCCGCGCCGGGGGGAAGGGCUGCUGUGGAGUCGGAUGCUGCAGGAACCGGUGCCGGAUGCUGCGCUCCGUGUUCUGCUCGCUAUGGGGCAUCCUGGGGGCGUUUUACUGCCUGGUCGUGUCCGCCACCGGCCUGGCCAAGGGGCCCCUCUGCCAGGAUGCUGAGGGGAAAUGGGGGUCGCCCUUCCAGGACAUCAGGGAGAACUACCUGGCGAACCAGACGCUGUGGGAGCUGUGCGCGACCCCGCCCCGGGCGGUGCUGUGGCACGUGGUCCUGUUCUCUGUCACCCUGGGGCUCGGGGCCCUGGAGCUGGCCCUGUGCACCCUGCAGGUGCUCAACGGGCUGAUGGGCACCGUAUGCGGGGACUGCCGCAAGCCGGCCGAGCGCCAGGGCGAAGGUCUCUGAGCUGCUGAGGGACCCCGAAAACCCAGUUCCCGGGAGAUCGUUCACUCCUUGUCACCCUCCCGGCCAUCUGGCCAUCUGGGGGGCUGUGAGAUGCCUGGGUCCUUUAUGGCGGGGGCUCCAGCAAGGACCCCCCCGAGACUGCACUCACCCCCACUGCCCCCAGCCCUUUCAGCUUGUUUCUGCCCCCCCAAGC